CCAGAAAUUCCAUCUAAAAUGCUUUCAAACGUAGCCAAACCCAAUAGCCUGCGAGCCCUGUUUGGAAAUCUGUCAUCGUAGGACGUAGAGGAGAGCGCGUAGGGUGAUUGCAUAACAAAAUAUAACACUAAAAACGGCGAUUUUGGUGGGGCUACCGUCCCCUGAUCGAUCGACAGACGGUUGUUGCGUUGCUUAUCAUCUUUCCGAUCGAAAACCCACAUCGAAGGUCAAACAAAUUACUGGGUCAAUAUUAAUUUUUCGAUAGAGACGUUGUUACGGACGUCUUUGUUUGGAAAAUGGGACUUUCCACGUGGGUGAAAACAUUAUUCCGCGUCGGAACCGAAGCCGGCGUCAAAGUAACUCAAGCUCCUGCUGCUGCUGCCAAAGCAGCUGCGGAUGGUGCGGGAUCAGAUCAGAAAAUUCUUGCGGCACAGCCAGCAGCAUGCGGAUAUGCAACGGAAGCUACGUUCGAAACCAGGGCCUUUAAGUUGCACAAUCUGGACCAGGGUCCGGCAACGACCGUCACCGUCAGCAAGGAGGAUGCCCUGAAGUACUACAGCCAGAUGUACGCGAUCCGUCGCAUGGAAACGGCCGCCGGCAACCUGUACAAGGAGAAGAUCAUCCGUGGAUUCUGCCAUCUGUACUCGGGUCAGGAAGCGUGCGCCGUCGGAAUGCGUGCCGCCAUGCGUCCGGAGGAUUCAUGCAUCACGGCUUACCGUUGCCACGGCUGGUCGUACCUGAUGGGCGUUCCGAUGCAAGGCGUUCUGUCCGAACUGACCGGUCGUCAGGGUGGAUGCGCUCGCGGAAAGGGAGGCAGUAUGCACAUGUAUGCUCGUAACUUCUACGGCGGAAAUGGAAUCGUAGGAGCGCAGGUACCGCUCGGAGUCGGAAUUGGCAUGGCUGCCAAGUACAACGGUUCGAAGGGAGUUUGCAUCGCUGCCUACGGAGAUGGUGCUGCCAAUCAGGGUCAGUUGUUUGAGGUUUACAACAUGGCUAAGCUGUGGGGUGCGCCGGUCAUUUUCGUGUGCGAGAACAAUGGCUACGGUAUGGGAACCAGUGCGGAACGUGCCUCGGCUAAUGUGAACUACUACACCAGGGGAGAUACCGUGCCCGGAAUCUGGGUUGACGGUAUGGACGUUUUGGCCGUUCGUGAAGCUACCCAGUUUGCAAUUGAGCAUUGUAACAGCGGAAAGGGGCCGAUUCUGCUGGAGACGGCUACCUACCGCUAUUCGGGUCAUUCCAUGUCCGAUCCAGGAACGAGCUACCGAUCGCGUGAUGAAAUCGCCGAAGUCCGUCAGACUCGUGAUCCAAUCACGUCGCUGCGGGAGAAGAUUCUGACAAACGAACUGGCCACCACCGAGGAACUGAAGGAAAUCGAAUCGAAGCUCCGGGGCGAAGUGGAUUCUGCGACGAAGGCAGCAAAGGCCGAUAAGGAAAUCGCAGUCGAUGAGCUGUGUGCGGAUAUCUACGCUAAGCCGGAUAAUACCACCGCUAUUAGGAAUACGAUGCCAUUGAUGGAACUCUCCCACAAGCGCCUUGGUAAGGCAGUGAACCUGUGAAAUGUUUCCCAAACUGCCACGAGCAUCACUUCCAUUAUUGAUAUUGAAGGGAAUGGAAGCAAACGAAACAUGUUUUAAUCUCAUAAGCGCACGAUUAGGUUGAUUUUAUUUUAGCUCAAAGCAAACACGAUCACCCAUUUACGAUCGGUAUAGCAAAGACGCGCCGAUAUCGAUCAUAAAAUUUCAACGAAAAACAAACAUUCUAUCCAAUAAACAACCACAACACACUCAACACGGGUUUCCAGGCAUUUAAGUUUGUGUUUCUGUUCUUGUAGCGAUUAUUGUUGUUCGCGCCGCUCUUUGUAAAAAUAAGGGUCAUUCGAAUAUCAGUGCAAAU